AUGAGGAUCCAGCUGGAUUCUUAUAGUCAAAUCAAGAACUACAUACACACGGGACAAGGAGCAGUUCUAUUCCUGGCUUGGGCUUUGACAAUCGCCCUUUUCACAAGAGAUGGGCAGACCGAUGGUCGAGUAGGCUGGUACUUCGCUCUUUGCUUCCUGACAAUCCCCGUUCUGAUAUACCUCGCUAUGGUACCGAUGUGGUCACGAGCUCGCAAGUUCGCCAACGUCUAUGCCUUCGCUUCCUUAGACGCCUUCUCUGUAGUACUAUGGCUUUCCGCAUGGGCAGCCGUAGCCUCAUAUCUCAGCUCGGGAAAAGGCAAGGGCGACAACACGGACGCAGAGGGAUGUGACAACUUCAAGUACGGCAGCCCAGGACGAUGCAAACUCAGCGGCGCUCUUAUCGCAUUCGGUGUGAUCGAGAUGCUUCUUUUUGCUGUCACAGCCUUCUUCUCCUUCAGGGCUGUGAUGACAUACAAGCAGACGGGUAUGAUGCCGGCCGGCCAACCUGUAGGAAAGUCCAAUGAUUUCUCUUCCCAAAAUCAGGAUGCCUUUUCGAGCAAUAUGCGAACAGAUGAGGAUUUCGACGAUGAUCGAGAGGCUGGCGGACGUCAAGAAUACAAUUAUCAGAAACCCUCCUUCGAGGACGAGUAUGCACCCAUCAAUCAGGGCAACGAACACGACGAUAUGGUGCAUUUACCCCCCGCGCAGGCGCAAAGUCCCCUGAACCAGUCAGGUCUCGGCAUUCAAUCCUACGACACGAGCUAUCACAAUCGAUAG